AUGGCCGAAAAUGGUAAAGAGGAGAAGAUAUUCUCCAAGAGUGCCAUUUUAGAGAUUAAAUCACUGAUGGAUCUACAAUUUUUAACUUCGUUCAGUUAUAGUGAUACAGGUUAUGAUGAAGAUUAUGUGUACGAGAUUCAGAUGAUGAUGUCACUUCAAAUAUAUGUAUAUGAUUUGAGAGGUAACAUUUUAUUAAUUCAAAGAGUGUACAUUUGCAAACAAGGAGGAAACCAUCACAAAUAUCUAUCUGCUAGUAUGGAUAUUUUACGCUGUAUACYAAAAUUGUAUGGAGUUGGAUGUUUUCCUAUUGAGAUGUUUUAUAAAUCUGCUUGCACAAAGGUGUUMGUUGACUUCAUCGAAACCCAGAUCAUUCAAGGAGUCAAUUUUCUACAAAUCUCCGCUGGGAUUGCUGCAACAAAUUUUAAAGAGUACUGUGAAAAAAUGGAACGUUAUUCUCUCUUUCACAAUCAUUGUGGAAAUGAUUCGGAUCAGAAUGAUUUUGAAGGGUUUUACAGCAAUAUUCUGUUUUCGUUUCCAAGUAACGACAAAAUUAUGGAAAUAUUCUUAGCUGACUUUAAUGACAAAGAACCGAAUUAUAAAAGGGAAAUGGAAAAAUGCGCACAAGUUAGUAAAAUUAUAACAUGCGACCAUACUUUUAGAAUUAGUAAAUAUAUCGGGGCUUCAAGAGCUAGUGACAACAGGUUUAUUCGGCAAUUUGAAAACUUAUACAUAGUGAUGAACGAGAAUCGCCAAAUCGUAGGCUGGCGGCUUACAAGAUCAACGGCGUUUGAGGAAAUUAAAGAUUUAUUACAAUAUUUAAAGAGUGUUAUGAGAGAAGGGCUUGAAACGGUUAUCGUCGAUGAUUGUUGUAAAGUGAGAAAACAAUAUGAAUCAGUCUUUCCGGGCGUGGUCGUCAAGUUGGAUUUGUUUCAUGCUGUACAGAGAGUCGUGAAAACUUUUCCAAAAGGUACUGAAACAUCGAGACAAAUAUCUAAAGAUUUUGGGUUAAUAUUUCGCAACGACGGAGAUUGUGGACACCUUCGCAAUCAGCAAACGCCGCAACCUGAUGUUAUUGAACAAWAUCUAAACAAUUUCCUUAUUAGAUGGAGAGAACUUUUGAACUGUAACACUCAAACUAAAACUCUACAAGAACUGGAAAAUUUAAAAAUACAUAUACGUAAGGGAUGUUUAUCAGGACUUCCACCGGGACAAGGCACUGAGUGCAACGAACGUCUCCACCACACCUUAAACGAGAGUCUUCUUUGUGGUGCCACAACUAUAAGUCCGGAAAUCGCUGUUGCAGUUUUAAGUCUGAUUUUUUAUGGAAUAAAUGUAAAGAAAAUGGGCAAAAAACACCAAAGCAAUGCAAGAGUCGUACCU